AUGGGGCGCUGCCAUGGCGGACCGUUUAUUUCCCCUCCAUCCUCAUUGGUCACCGCACAUGGCGACAUGGGCAGCUCUUUGGAAGGGCAGGUGACCGUAAGAAACAGACAAAUGAACAAACAACAAAAAAACAAAAAAUCGGAUAACGCUACCAAACGGACAGACAAACAGACGGACAAACGGACUGACACAAAGACAAAACGAACCGACAGUCGGACAGACAAGCGGACGGACCCAAUGACAAAACGGACAGACAAACGAACGGACACAAUCGAGCUGAGGAAGUUGGGAACUCCCUCAGAGGACGAGCUCUUGGCUUCUAGUCAAGAGACAGUUGAUGACAAAGCUGUGGGCCACAGCACGCCAUCAACUAUAAAUCAACCGAUCACAUCCGCUGAUGCCAAGGGGCAAAAGCGUCAAUACCCAAAAAAAGGCCCGUCUAGAUAUAAGCUUUACCAGCGGUCUCUAGCUAUUCUCGGCAGAAUAAGCAAAAAUGAGGCCGAAGCCAAACGCGCGUUUAACGAAGUGGCACGGGAUCACCUGCAAACGGCGUUGGUGGACGAGUUAACGAACCGCGGUAAACCUGCGUUAGAAAGGUGGUCCGAAAUCGAGGCACGGCUGUCUCGCAUUGUCGUUGAUCACGUCAUGGCAAGCCCGGAGGGUCAAGUGCCAGGUUAUGAUUCAAUGGAGGUGGUCCGUGGAUACAGGGUGAUCAAAUGCGACGAUCAGUUCUCUGUUGAUUUCCUUCAAAACGCUAUUAGCAAAAUCCAGAGCGACUGGGAAGGUUUGAGGCUCAAACUAAUCCCAGCCAGUGAGAUCCCAAGACGACCAAGGGCUCGUAUCUGGAUACCGAACAUGGAGUUCGAAGCUAAGCAGUUAAUACCAUACCUGCAAGCACACAACCGCACUGUUCCAAUGGAUGACUGGAGUAUCAUCAAAGCGGAGGCUCCGCAAAAGAACAGUGUGUCAUUCCUUCUCCAAAUCUCGGAGGAGAGUAUUGAGCCACUGGGAAAAGUGGACAACAAACUUCGGUUUGGCGUGAGGAAAGCGCAUCUGAAGUUAUUCCGUUCUGCAAAUCCGGAGGAUGAGCAGGACGAGGUUGACGACGCUAAUGAGUUGCUCAUGGGCAUGCAACUGGAAGAAGCCGGGUCCACCCAAAACGAUGGCGCUAAUGAGCAGCAUACGGGCAUGCAGCUUGACGCCCCUAAAAACGACCAGUAA